UCUGGCCCACUGUUGUGGUCAGUCUGCUGUCCCCUCGUGGCAGGCAGAAACCAGACAGAUUCCCAUCCAAUCGACGGCUCCUCUCCUCUCCUCUCGUCGCUUCAUCCUCCGUCUCCCGGCGUCGAAUCUCCUCCAUCCUCCGGCCACCGAGCACACUCUACUCGCCCCGGGAGGAGUUCUUCCGGGAUCCUAGCCGUUGUCGCUGCCCUCACCUCUACUGGACCAGCGUUGAGCGGAGACCCAAUCGGGAAUCUGAACUGACUUCGUCUUCACUGCAUCCCCAUCAAUCAGGAAGAGCGAGCAAUGUCAGGAGUGAUCACAAAGUUCGCCGUCACAUCCAUGUUGAUGUGGAUGGCCCCCGUCGCGAUCAUGUAUGGGUUCUACUACCAGGUGUUCCCAGGUGUGAGUCAGAUGUCAUCCUCGGCACAGACACUCGCCAGCGGGUUUCUGGCGGUGAUAUCAGUUAAUCUGGUGAUCGGAUUUUACAUAUUCACGGCGAUGAAGGAGACUCCACACCAGGAGCCACAGCCGGAUCCUGCCUUCCUGGCGAACGCGAAAGCGAGUUUCAACCAGCCAACAACAGCAUCCUCUCAAGUGAGUGAUGAUGAAGCCAAGGGGAAGGGAAAGGUCGAGUAGGCUGUAGCAUGUUGGCUUUGGGUGUUGUGUAUGUUACAAGUGCAUGUUAUUUAGGAGGAAUAGUUAGUUAUGCUACACCAUCAAGGCUGAACUUUUUAAAUUUCAUGAUUUUGCUGUAAAUCUUGACAGUUAUGGUAAUGAGUAAUAUCAAGUUGAACCGUUUGUACCUAUUCGAUUUGGAAACUGUGUUCAAUGUUAUUUUAGUUAUAGGAUGCUCAUUGGAACAA